AUGAGCAUAGUAGAUAAAGAAGAAAAUAAUAAUGGGCAUUAUAAAUAUGAUGGCACUGAAAGAGAACGAAAAACAAAUAUGAAUUUGUUAACAUAUUUAUUUGAGAAAAAUGUAGUUGCUCUAGAUUCAUUUAUUACUACAUAUUUAAUGACAUAUUUUAAGGACAUAGAAAUACAUUUAAAUGAUAAUAAAGUGAAUGAUACUUUUUUAAAUAAUUUAAAAGAACAAGUCGAAAAUUUGCAUGAGCAAUUAAGAAACGAAGAUGGUAAUGCAAUUCCUGAAAAUGCAAAUGAUGAAAUAAUAAGUAAAGACAUUUUAUUAUUUGACAAACAAAAUGAACUAAUAAAAUGUAUUUAUAAAAAUGUUGUAAAUGUAUAUCUUGAUAUGUUUUUCUUACUAUAUACUAAUGAUGAAGUUGAAUAUAAAUAUAACAUAAUACAAAUGAGGAUAAAUAUUUGUGUUGAAAAACAAAAAAUUUAUAUUAGCUCAGGAGAAUGUUUAUUAGUUAAUAAAACAUGGGAUGGAAAUGUUAAAAAAAUUAUGAAUCCUGAAAAGGGCAUAAUAGAAAAUAUAUCAGAUAUAAAUAACACAAAAAAUGAUGAACUAAAUAAAGGGGAUAACAAAUUGAUGAUUGUGUUUAAAGAUGAUUGUAAUAUAAAUGAAGAAAAUAAAAAUAAAAUACUUAAUCAUUUUAUUAAUAAUAUAAAAUUACAUUUAUUUAGUGAAGAAAAAGAAGUUUUGAUAGGAAUUCAAAAAACUUACAACAAAAUAUAUGAUAAAAAGAUGUCCAUUUUAUCUAUAAAUAAUUCACUUAGUUAUAUAAGUAAUUUUUUUUUUAAAAUGCAUGAACCUGAUUUUUAUAAUUGUUCUAUACACAAAAAAAAUAAUAUAUGUUAUAAAAAAUUAUAUGAUAAAUAUAAUGAUAUUAUGAUAAAAUCAAAAAUUAUUAAAUUAAAUAAAGAAAUGAUAAAAUAUCUUUUAAUAAAUUCUAUAUUUAUUCCAAGUUAUGUACAAAAAAAUACAUUUAAAAAUAUAGAAGAAAAUGUAUACUCUUCUUUUUCUUCUUAUUCUGAUAAUAAUACAUCAUUAAGCUUAACUAGCCAAAAUGAAGAAAGUUCAUCCAACAAAAGUUAUGACCAUUAUUUAUUAACUGAUGAAGAAGAAAAAAAAAAUGACACUAUAUUACAAACUUCUGUAAAUAAUAAACGAGAAGAUGAUUUAAAUAGUUUGCCAAUCACUAAUAAAGUUGAUGUAAAAAUAAGCGAAAAUAAUAAGAUUAGUGAAAAAAAGAAAAAAAGAGGAAAUGCAUUAUUUUAUAAUAAAAAUUUCCGAAACAUUUUAGACAAAAUAAAAAAUUCAAUUGAUGAAUUAAAUAACAGUGUAUUUAUUAGAGUUGAUGGAAAAAAUUUAAAAAAAGGAGCAUUUGUAAAUAAUUCAAAUUUAGAAAUAAAUACAUUAUAUGAUGCAUUAUUAAUUCUAAAAAGUUGUACAAGUGUUUAUAAAGAAUUAAAAAAAUGUGAAAAUAACGAAAAAAAUGAACAUUAUUUAAUAAUUUCAAAGUAUGUUAAUAUAAAUAUUUGCUUCAUGUUUGAAGUAUAUGUAUAUGAAAAAAAAAUUAUAUCAAUUUCUCAAAAAUAUUUAAAUCAUUAUUUUGAUUUUUUGAAUGAUAUAAAUAUUAUAAUUGAUAUAAUAAAUAGUAUAAAACAAUUUUAUGAAAAUAAAUUAAAAAAUACAUUUGAACAUGAAAAUUAUAAAUGUCUUUUAUAUAUUCACACAUUUAAAAAAACGAAAAAAAAAAAAAUUAUUUUAAUCAAUGCAAAAAGUUGGGCAUAUAAAAAUAAGCAUCCUAUAUUUACCAAUUCGUUCUUAAAAAGUUAUAUUUAUACAAACAAUAAGGGUGUUAUUGUUGAUGAUUAUAAUUAUUUAAAACAUGGAAUUCACAAAUAUGCUAUCCCGUUUAUGGGCAUUGACAAAAAAGAAGAUAAAUACACAGAUGAAAUAGAAAAUGGUAAAAAAAGUCACGAUAAAAUAAAUGGCGAUUUGAAUAAAGACGACAUAAUUUAUAACAAUCAUGAUUUAUAUUUUUAUGAUGGUAUCUUAUAUUAUUGUAUUGUAAAAAAUGAUGCUAUUUUGAAAAAAAAUGAAAAUACAUUUCCUAAGGAUCUUAAUUAUAUCAAGGAUGGAGAAAUCGACAUAGAUACUUUAAUGGAAACAGUUAAAAAGGAAAAUAAUAUUCAAUAA